GCAUCAGCUGGCUACGGAAUCGCUAUUGGUCCAAAACAAGCUACAAACAAUUCACUGACACAACUCAAUACAGUCAUAAAGAAACAGUGAAACCUGCAGCGACGCUUAGCUAUUUCAUCAAAGUGAACGGCAAGUUAAUGACCAUGAGAGUCUUAAUAGGAGGGGGAUCUGGCUUUGUGGGCCGUGAGCUGACUCGCCAGCUCAGAAACAAAGGUCAUGAAGUCACAGUGAUAUCUCGGCAGGCUGGGCCAGGGAAGAUAACAUGGGGUGAGUUGGAGUCUAAUGGUCUCCCUCCAUGUGAGGGCGCUGUCAACUUGGCUGGAGAGAAUCUGAUGAACCCACUAAGAUGGUGGAACGAAAGCUAUAAAAACGAUUUGUUCUCCAGUCGUAUCGACACUACAAAAGCUUUGUCUCAAGCCAUUGCUGCUUCCCAAAGUCCUCCUCACUCCUGGGUCCUGGUAUCCGGUUUAGCUUGUUACAAGCCCAGUCUGACAGCACAGUAUACAGAAGACAGUGAAUGGACACCAUUUGACCUCUUCUCCAAACUUGUGAAAGAGUGGGAGGCCUCCGCACUUCUUCCUGAGAAUGUGGCAAAAACCACCAAACAAGUUGUCAUCAGGGCUGGGCCAGUAUUGGGCCGUGAUGGUGGUGCCAUGAAGCAAAUGCUGCUGCCCUUCUGGCUCGGCCUCGGGGGCACUCUGGGGUCAGGAAGACAGCCGUUUCCCUGGAUCCACGUCUCGGACCUGGCUGGAAUCAUCGCCCACGCUCUGGAGACCCCUGCUGACACUCCCUCCUCUUCACCACAAGUGUUCAAUGGAGUCGCGCCUGCACUGAACACCAACUACGAAUUUACUAAAGAACUGGGCCGGGUCCUGAGGAGGCCCACCAUUUUUCCUGUGCCCGGCUUUGUCAUUAACACCUUAAUGGGCUCUGAGAGGGCCGCGAUCCUCACUCAAGGCCAGAAAGUCAUACCAAAGAGAACUCAGGGGGCCGGAUUUCAGUACAAGUACCCUGACCUGACCUCAGCCCUGAAAGAGAUUGUUGGGAGUUAAAUGAUGUUUAAAGCAAGGACUCGUGGAAAGUGUAUUUCAGAUCAUAUAAGACCAGUUCAGGCUUUCAAAAACUGAGUUUGUUUGUACUUCACAUUAAAAUAUAUGAGAACUUGAAACAUAAAGACAGGUGUGCAUAUAUUAAGAUGCACUGUGAUCUGACUGUUAAAGCUGGAUUGCUCAACAUUUUGAGUUGGUAGGGAGGACACUGAAGGACUACACAGCAUGACGAAAUUGCUUAUGCCAAUCAUAAUUUCCAGGUCCUCAUUACGAUAGUCCACUUCUCUCGCUGUAUGGAAGACAACAGAUGUGUAUUUUGUCCUGUUCAGCCGCAUUUGCGCUUUCCUUUCACAUAAAGGAUUGCAGGCGUGAACAGCAGUUUGGAUAAUCUGGAGAAGUGGGGCUGCAAAGCUUAUUUACAUAAUCAAUAAAUCUGAUUGUUUUCUUGAUCAGUUGUGCAAUCCACAACACCAGAGACCAGUAAAAAAAUGUUCACGCAAUUUCCUAGAGCCCAAGGUGGUGGUGAUGAUGAUUUUGGGAUUCAUUCAGAGAAGAGAUGUUAUUAUUAUCCAGACAGUCUCUGAAUAGAACCGCAGAAACUAUAUUUUGUUUAAUGUGGUGCACAAUAAAGUUUGGUAAAGUACAGUAA